CUCUCUAAAGGAAAAAAAAAAAAAAGGAGGAAGCUUUCUCUCUCUAAAAACUCUAUUCUUUGAGAGAGAAAAAGAAUGGCCCAGCAGAUCGAAAUCUCCCCCUUUUCUUCAAUCCGCUGCUUGGUCUCAGUGGUGAGAGUUUAGGACUCGAAAUUUUCCAUGAUGUGGAGUUUCUGUUGGAUGAUUCAAUCGACGCAGGAUUCUCGAGGAGAGAGGUGAUAAGAGGAUGUGGGUCUGAGGAAUGGGAACAAAAGUGCAUUGUAAAAGUCUCUUGCCAGGAUAUUACCCAAUGAGGGAUCUUAAUGAGAAUUCUAACAGCUGUAGCUGGCCCCUAUAUUAUGGUGAUAAAACCUUUGUAAAUGGGCAGUAUUAUAAUGGUUUCCAGCUGAGGGCUCCUACAGAUCUUUAUCCAGGUUAUGAUAAGGAUGUAGUGAAGCAGACAAUGCUUGAACAUGAGGCUAUAUUCAAAAAACAGGUGCAUGAACUUCAUCGCCUUUACAGAAUACAGAGGGAUUUGAUGGAUGAAUUCAAGAGGAAAGAACUACAUAAAAACUUAAUUCCCGUGGAGACAUCAUUGUCAUCUAGUCCCCUAGUAACUCAAAUCACGUCAGAAAAUGCCCGAAAAUGGCAUAUCCCCAGCUUCCCCCCAGCAAACUCUGUUUAUGCUAGGCCAACAGUUUCAGGUGUUGAGGACAUUCAUUCUCCUUUGAGUUAUGUGAAAGGAAACGGCACACAAGGCGGUCUUUUUCCAUCCCAAAAUGAGGGUAAUUCAAAGGAUUUAGAGAUGCUGGACUCCAGACCUACAAAGGUCAGGAGAAAAAUGAUUGAUCUUCAACUUCCAGCUGAUGAAUAUAUUGAUACUGAAGGAGAAAACUUGAGCGAAGAAAAAGUGCUUGGUGUGUCAAACUAUCAUUCCAAUAGAAACCAUAAGCUAGCCCCUGAGAAGGGUGUAAGGCUGUUUCUUGGCAAUGGUGAGAAGUGUGGCAUUCAAGGAGAUGCUUUGACAUCUGAUUCGUGUUUAGAGAGCAGAAAUGGUUUGGCCGACUUGAAUGAGCCUAUCCUGGUUGAGGAAGCAAGUGCUUCUGGACAUGUUGACCUUCUGAGCCAGAGUGCCUCUUGCCGUGAGACUCAAUGCCCUGAUCUGUCUGCUAAGCCAAACUUGCAGUUUCCAAGUUUGCCUAAGGGAACUUUACUCAACUCCCACCAUGGAAGUGAUAAUGGGACUCAAAACAAUGGGCACUUAGAGAACAAUGGAAAUGAAAAGGGGUGGUUUUGCCAUGUGCUCGAAGCAGGGCCCAGUAAAAGCAACUUGAAAUCUGCCUCUCAAGGUCUCCAACCAGAAAUAUCUUCCCAGCCAAUGCAAGUUUUGCUUAACAAAGCCCACGAAACUUCUGGUUAUUAUCUGACUGAUAAAAGCAAAGGAGGAUCGUGGAAUGAAAGAACAGUUUGUGCUUCUGAAAUCUCUAAUAGAAGUCAUGAAAUCUCCAGUAAUAAGCAUCUCGGGUCAAUGGUGGCCUCCCAUAUGCCCAGUCCAUAUCCUAUUGCUCCUUCCUCUGAUUUGGCCAAGUCUUGGUCUCACUCAGUCUCAUCUUGGGAAAAGCAAAGUAGUACCUUAAGCCAGAAGUCAAUAUCAGGUAACAAACAACCAUGCUUGAACUCAUCUGCUGCUACCUUGAGUAAAAGUUCUCAGUCAUCAGUGCAGAGCAAUGGAUUUUUUGGAGAUGUGUGGCAUCUUAAGAGCAAUUCUAGAUGUAACCCAGGUUUUGGAAGUGAUGCGUCUUACAGAAAUGGAUUUUGUCAGGGGUCGUCAUCUGGGUCCAAGGAACUAUCAGUUCACCUCCCUUCAAGAAGCUAUGACUAUAUGAACUGCAUCAAUGAUCAUAACAGAGCUCCUGAUCACUUCAUCAGUAAUGGUUUUGCAAAGCACCCGAGGGGCUCAGAUCACAUGGACAGGAAAUCUGUAAAAGAUGAGAACUUGAAUGUGGUGCUUUCAAAUAGCUCAUCCAACAAAGUAGCUCCCAGGCAAGAUUUUGAGAUCAUAGAUGAAGGACAGAAGCAUGAAGACCAUCUUUCAGUCUUGCCAUGGCUUAGACCUAAGCCUUCUUCUAAGAAUGAGGCCUCCAAUGCUGGGAGGGUUUCAAACAUAGAGGAGCUAAGUUUCUUUCAAUCUUCACCAAGUCAGUUUUCCAACAAAAGUGAAAUGGAGAAGGGAAUGAAUCACAUUUUUACCCAGAAUAUAAAAUCGGUUUCAUGUUCUAACGAUGUUGAGGUCAAGAGGAUUGAAAUAGGUGACAACCUGAGUAACAGAAAAAUUCUUGGGUUUCCCAUAUUUGACAAGUCGAAUAUUUCUAGGAAUGAGUCUUCUUCUUUCACCUCCCCCUCUGUGUCUCAUCAUCUCCCAUCUGAAGGUGAAGUUGUGGAGAAUGACAGGAAAAACAGAGUCCUUGAUAUAAACUUGCCUUGUGAACCUGCAGUUCUGGAAUUGGGUGAUCGGACAGCAGAGACUCCAGUUAAAGAUAAGAAAACGGAUGCAAACGUUUCCAUUUUCAGACAUAACAUUGAUUUGAAUUCCUGUAUAAGUGAUGAUGAAGAAUCCUUGGUACCUUCUUUUCCAAGCACUCCAGUGAAGGUUACAGCAGGGCUAGAUUUAGAAGCUCCCAUAGUUCAGACUGAGGAGGAUUCCAUUCAUGGAGAUAAUGCAGAGAAGCAGCAUGCUGCUCCUUUGCAAUUAUUAGAACACAAAGCUGAGAACCCACAGGAUGAGCUCAUGAUGAUAGCAGCUGAGGCAAUAGUUGUAAUCUCAUCGUCAGGUUUCCACAAUCAGUUUGAUGAUACCACUUGCAAGCCAUCGGAAGCUUCUGAGACAGACUGCCUUAAUUGGUUUGUUGAAAUAGUUUCCUCGUGUGGAGAUGAAAUUGAGAGCAAGUUUGAUGCAAUUUUGAGAGUCAAAGAUGGUGAGGAUAAUGAGGAGGAAGGAAGUGAUUACUUUGAAUCCAUGACAUUAAAACUAAUGGAGACCAAGGAAGAAGAUUACAUGCCUAAACCGUUGGUUCCAGAAAACUUAAAGCUGGAGGAAACUGGAACUACUUCAUUACCAAAUCGGCCCCGGAAAGGCCUGGCAAGGAGGGGAAGGCAGCGAAGGGAUUUCCAAAGAGACAUCCUUCCAGGUCUUGCUUCUCUUUCAAGGCAUGAGGUAACAGAAGAUCUUCAGACAUUUGGGGGGCUGAUGCGAGCAACAGGUCAUUCAUGGCAUUCUGGGUUGACAAGGAGGAGCUCUACUAGGAGCGGGUGUGGAAGGGGGAGGCGGCGGUCAGCAGCGAGUUGCUCACCCACUGUGCCAACCCCAGCUUGCACUCCACUGAUACAGCAGCUUAGUAACAUUGAAGUGGGACUUGAGGAUAGAAGCCUAGCAGGGUGGGGGAAGACAACUAGACGACCCCGCCGGCAGAGAUGCCCUGCAGGCAAUCAUGCAUCUAUCCCUUUAACCUAAUUGUGGAAAGAGGCCUUGAUAUAUUGAUUUAGAAAUUUAUAGAGAGAAGUAAGGAGUUGUUUCUCUGGCUGAGGGGAGGUAGGAAAAGUGGUUCUGAGACAUGGAGACCUGCCAUUGUACAUUUAUUGGCCUAGAAUUUGGGCUGGCUUGAUUAUCUAUCAUGAGUGUUUACAAACUUUGUAUUUUCCGAAAUAAUGUUGUAUGAUUUCUUCCGGCAUAUAUAAUAGCAUUCCUUCACUUUGUGUGUUUUUACA